AUGAGUAGAUUAUUUACUAAAACAAAGAAAAAACCUUUAUUUUUUAAUAAACAAACACCAAUUGAAUAUAAUAAACAAGAAAAUGAUAUUGAAAAAGUCAAAUUACAUGAUUCUAGCAAUGGUUUUAAUCCAUUUGACACAAUGAAAGAAGAAGGAUUUGAUACUAGUGAUACAAUGAGAUGGUUUGACAAAAUGACAACUGACAGUGGAGAAGUGUUAUUAAAAAAUGAAAGUACCAGUGUUAAAAGUUUCAAUAGUAUAACUUCAUUUCAGUUUUCACCAGAAGAAGAAGGAGAAAAAGUCACAAAUAAGAUGAAUGAAGAUAUUCAACCAAAAGUGUUUCCAGAACCAAGAAACGAGAGAAUUAUUUCAGAACAAUUACAAGAGUCAAAGAAAAAUGAAAAUCAGGUAAUUGAGACAAAAGAAAUAAAACGUACUGAUAAUCCAAUCAAACAAGAACCAGACAAAGAAAUAAAUAAACCCAACGAACAUCCUCAAGUGAAACCAAAAGUAAAUAAGAAAUCGAAUUUCCAUAUUUCAAUGAAAAAAUUUGAAUUUAAAAAACCCAAUUUAAUGUCAAAACCACUGAAAGAUCGAAUGAAAGAUUCAAUUAAACAAAUCAACGAAAAAUCUAUUCACAAAUCAUCUGACAACCAUAACUUCCAACUUAGAAUUAAUCCAAACGACAAUUCAUCAAUCAGAAAUCAAACCACAAAGGAUAUAGAAUUAGAGAAAGAGUUAAGAAAAGAGUCAGAAAGAAGGUUUUAA